AUGUCCAGCGCUGUUGCCAAGAAGAGAGUUUUCAAGACCCACUCCUACAGAGGUGUCGACUUAGCAAAAUUAUUGGAAAUGUCCACUGAAGAUUUCGUCAAGUUAGCUCCAGCUAGAGUUAGAAGAAGAUUUGCUCGUGGUUUAUCUUCCAAGCCAGCUGGUUUAAUGAAGAAAUUGAGAGCUGCUAAGUUGGCUGCCCCAGAAAAUGAAAAGCCAGCUGUUGUUAGAACUCAUUUAAGAAACAUGAUCAUUGUUCCAGAAAUGAUCGGUUCUGUUGUUGGUGUCUACAAUGGUAAGGUUUUCAACCAAGUUGAAAUCAGACCAGAAAUGUUGGGUCACUACUUAGGUGAAUUCUCCAUUACUUACACUCCAGUUAGACACGGUAGAGCUGGUGCCACCACUUCCCGUUUCAUCCCAUUGAAAUAA